AUGGCUAGUCCACGCGAAGAGUUGUCACGCGCCCAAAAUUCCGAUCUUAACCCGACAUCAGAAGUGGGAUCAGAAUCGCUUAAAGUGAUACAAGAGCAGAUGGCCCUUAUGCGCGAGUUAAUUCAAACGCUAGCGCAAAAGCCGAGGGAGCAAGUACCGAGUGCGGAACCCGUGAGUCUAGUGUUACCACGUUUUAACUCCGAAGCCGUGGGCGCCGACCCGGCUGCGUGGUGCGCGACCGUUAGUGUAAUUAUGGAAAAAAGGCCUCUACAAGACGACGCGUUAUAUCUCGCUAUAACUCGUGCUCUAGAGGGUACGGCAGUACAGUGGUUUACGCAAGUUCCGGUCAGUGGUCUUACUUGGACAAGGUUUACGGGAUAUUUUCUUGCGCGUUAUGGUGGCACGGAGACGGCAACCUCAUUGCUAAUGAGGAUAUUCAACGAACAACCACUGAAGGACGAAACCACGGGAACGUUUGGUAAUCGUCUUCGCUCUCUUCUGUCGGCGAAAUGGGGAGAUCCAAUCCACGCUGAAUUAAUCAACGCCGUCGUCUUCCUACGAUUGAUUUCGCAUGACCAGCGUGUCGAACGAAUAGCACUUACGAAUGAUAUCCAGACUCAGGAUCAAUUCUAUAAGGAAAUGAGAGCUCUCUCUUACGCGAGGAAGAGACCGGUACCUUCGUCAAAUAAUCCACCGGCGGAACCGGAAGCCAAACGAAGCAGGCCGUCAGUUUUUCGGAUUAAGUGCUACCGCUGUGGCGCUUACGGACAUAGGAGAACAGAGUGUCACUCAAAAAUCCAAACUAGGAAGGAGCAGGAUAUACAAAAUCCGAAGGAAAAACGACCAGCAGCAUCGUCGAAGGUGACUUGCUUCAGGUGCCAUGAGGAAGGACAUAUCGCGUCUGAUUGUCCAUCAUUGCGGAAAAGAAGCCACGAUUCCAUUGACGAACGCCGGAUCGAUUCCGGUGUGGUGGAGGCUCCGGCUUGUAGAUUAAGCCAUCUGGGUGAGUCGUAUCCAUUUUACUUUGAUUCUGGGGCCGAGUGUUCGUUAAUUAAAGAGUUCUCAGCCUCGAAAUUUUCGGGUAAAAGAAUAACCGAUAUAGUAGCGAUGCGGGGAAUCGGGAAUACUUGUAUUAAGAGUACACUGCAGAUUUUAUCCACUGUUUGUAUUAAUGGUCUUACAUUGGAGAUAGUUUUUCAUGUCCUUGUUGAUGAUUACUUAAAAUACGAUAUCAUGAUUGGUCGCGAGAUUUUAAGCCAAGGAUUCGACGUAAAUAUCACGCAAGAUAGCCUUGUUAUUUGUAAAACAAAGAUCAUUAACGCCUGUGGUAAAGUCGCGGAAGAUGCGGUCGACAUUAACGAGGUCGACACUGAUGUGAUCGGUAACGAUAAAGAUCGAUUAAUCUCCGUUCUCGAAAAAUUUAAAGAAUCAUUCAUUACGGGUCUCCCGCGUACUCGUGUCAGUACGGGCCAGUGA